AUGCUAAACGUUUUCAAAAGUGUUAUAACAUUAAGAAUUUUAUUUAUAAUAUUUCUUUUUUUACCUGUCGAUUUUUGUGAUACAGAUGUGAAUAAUGUAUUUAUUACAGACUACUUCUUAUUCAGAGCUCCGUCAAAUGUUAUAGCUUUCACGUGCAAUCAAUACGACAGUGAUGUCCAUUUACUGAAAAAGUUUAGUGACGUGCAAUUACAAACUGCAAUUCGAAAAUUGGAAAAUACUUCUGAUUUAUUUACAUUUACUAAAAUGGUCUAUCAAAAAUUGGGAAUUUUCAUAGAUUUACGCUGCCAACUUCCCGAAUAUGUGAAAUCAACUUUUGAUAAAGCAACAAACUAUAAGAUGUUUGAUGAAUUGUAUUAUUGGCUUAUAUUGAGCUCCAGCUUGGAUCAAGGCUUAUCUCUUAUAAAUGAUAAUUCAUUUGGUUUAUCAACUGAUUUUGUUAUUGCAGUUUUUGAAAAUAAUUGGUUUACGCUAUACGAUGUUUAUAACCCAUGCAAAGUACGAGGAGGAAAAUUAAAAGUGUCAAAAAUAGGCAGUUGGGACAAAACUAAUGGUUUAAAGAUGCUCUAUGAAAUGAACAAACUUCGUCGUUGGAAUCUUGAAGGAUUGAAGUUAAAAAUAAGUGGGAUAGUAACAAAUAAACCAUCAAAUAUAUCAGUCGCUGACUAUUUACUAGAUAAUAAUUUUCGACUUUCUGAUCGUAUGACGAGAAUAGCUUAUGUUAUGUGGUUGCAUGUAGCUGACAAAUUUAAUUUUACCAUCGAUUUUAGUGAAAGUAGCAAUGUGAAUGAAAAAGAGGAAAAUGACCCAGUUAUUAUUGCAUUGAUGAAAGGUGAAAUAGAUGCUAGUGGAACUGCUGAAAUAAUGACAACACAACGCGUUGAUCUAUUAAAAGCAGUGUAUCCAUCAAUACCUUACAGAACAAGUUUUAUAUUCCGGAGUACCUCUUCCGAUCGAUUAAGUGUCCGAGACAUUUUUCUUCCAUUAUCUUCAACCGUAUGGUAUUUGACCCUUGCACUGAGUAUAUUAUCAGUUAAUGCUUUGGCGCUUUUGUCUGUUGUUGCAAAAGAAGAUUUUUACGAAAACUAUCUUCGUUCAAUAAUAAUAAAUGUUGGAGCGUUUUGCCAACAAGGUACCGAAUUUUCUUCUAACAAUUUGUCUGGUCGAAUAGCUAUCCUUCAUAUACUAUUAUUCUACUUAUUGCUUUAUAAUUACUAUUUGGCAAGUGCUGUAUCUAACAGAUUGAGUGAGCCGAUAAAGUUUAUCAAUGAUUCUCUACACGAGUUGAGAAAUAAAGACUUUGAAUAUGCAUCAGAACCGAUGCUUGAUUUUGAUCACCAUAUGAAGAAUCCUGAUUGGGAAACUAGAUCAUUUUAUUUAACUCGUUGGUCAAAAAUUCCAGAAUCACAAAGAUUUAUAUCGCCUGAAAAGGGAAUGUCACUAGUUUUGAAAGGUGGUUUUGCUUAUCACACACAUCCAGAAAUAAGUUAUCCUUAUAUAGAGCGUCAUUUUGACCAUCGAAAAAUUUGCGAAAUACAAGAAGUUCAUUUAAUAAGACCAGUACAAUUAUCGUUAUUCGUUCAUAUUAACAGUUCUUUUAUAGAAAUGUUUAAAUCGGGAUUUUUACGUCUUACAGAAGUUGGCAUACGUUUUCGUCAAAUCCAAAUGUGGUCGUCAAGAAAGCCACUUUGUCGAACUGAUUUAUUGACAGCAGAUAGUAUAACUAUCAAAGAAGUUGCUCCAGCUAUAAUUUUUUUACUUUGUAGCAUGCUUGUUGCAAGUGUUUUAUUAACGACAGAAUUGAUAUUUUCAUAUUACCAUAAAAGGAAUAAACGUUCCAGCUUGCGAAACAAAAUUGAGAAUGUUUCACAAAAAACAAUUAAUGAUUUUACGGAGAAGUCUUUGCAAAGUCCAACAAAAUUAAUUGACUGAAAAUCAG